CACCGACUCUGUGGUGCGCACAGGGAUGUGACGGCCACUAAUGAUACUGAUGUUGAGAUAGUUAUAGCUAUAGUAAUAGUGGCGGAACCCCCGGCGUGUAUGGGCUCUAAGAAUAUUCUUGUUGACGUGAAUAGCAAUGAAAAUGUGGACACAAUUAGCGUUCAAAUCAAAAACGGCUUAAUUAAUGGCAAACGACAGACAUAUGAGGGCAGGGAUUUAGACGUGUUUUUAGGCAUUCCUUACGCACAGCCGCCUAUCGGAGACUUGCGAUUCAAAAAGCCCUUACCGUUGGACCGCAAAUGGGAACAACCAUUGGAUGCCCAACACUGGCCACCGGCGUGUUAUCACCAUAAACUUCACCAAGAUUACUUUAACCACAACAUGAGCGAGGAUUGCUUGCACUUAAAUAUAUGGACGCCAGUCAACGCAAAAUCUGCCGGUGCUCUCAAACCCGUCAUGUUUUGGAUACACGGAGGAGGACUCGUAUUUGGCUCAUCGGUCGAGAAGUUUUACUCGGGGGAAGUCCUAUCAGCACUGGGAGACGUAGUCGUAGUCACCAUUAACUACAGACUCAACGUAUUUGGACUCUUAUAUACCGGCGCUGAG